AGAACACCAGCGUGAAGUAGUCGAUGGAGGAAGAGUCAAUUAUUUUGGCUGAGACAAUAAUGGCUGCCGUGCAUCAACUCUGUUGUUAUCUCUACGGUCCAGUCGACAUAGGCGGGUCGCCGAUGGCUUCGUUGUAACCUUGAAGUCGAAUUUUGACUCAGUUGCUUCCCUGGCCUUGCUGCUCACCAACAAUGCACUGCCAGAGGCUUUUGUGUGUCUCAAACAAGUUGAUGUAACCACCGCUGCCAUUUCACCUCAGUAAAGCUACAGCAAGGCCUCAUCCUGGUUGAUAUUGCUUAUUGUCUUGCUGAAGUCAUGUCUGGCUCAGGCGACUUACCGGCCAUCGAAGGUUCUGGGAUGGGCGGGAUGAAGCUUCCCGUUGGGAUGACCCGACGAGCCCUCAGCUACGACGACAACCUCGAGGCCCCUAUGUCCACCCCUCCAAAUGAUAUCAGCAUCAACAACCUGUGGAGGCGACCCAUCAUACCAGAAAGGAAAUUUACACACCUUGCUGAAGAGGAUGAGAGUGGUGCAGUGAGUCAGCCUACGGUGUCAGACAGCAUCCCCUCCAGGUCAUCAGGGAUAGUUAAAGCGAAGGCCUCCUCCAUCAUCAUGAAUUCUCUCAUCACCAAGCAGACCCAGGAUAGUAUGUACAAAUUUGAGCAGAGGGCAGGGCUCACCGACACCAGCUACACACCCCACAAAGGUCUCACUGCAGAGGAGACAAGACACCAUCAUCGUGUGCCAGAGUCCAUCCAGAAACUGCAGAUCCAGAGCAUGGAGGCCAGAGAAGAGCGGCAGAGCUCUUCAGCCCAGUCCACUCCAUCCAACACACCACACAGCUCCCCAAAACAACAGCGCAGGAGCUGGUUCAACAGUACAGGUUCAGAGCUCAGCCUUAGCUCCUCCAAUAGCAGUGUGGACAUGGCAGGAGGAGACACAGCAACAGGGGGAGCAGGAGGCGUUGUUGAACGGUGGAGUGUGUUUGGGCCUCGGCCGCUUGUCCACAAGUCCACUUCAGACCUGGGAUCAGAUCCGUCAAAUACAGCCUUUGCACUGCAGGCGUACCGUGGAGCACAGAAGCCGAGUCCCAUGGAGGUAAUGAAGGCGCAGUCCACGCGGCUGGCUGACAACCCUGCCAUACAGGCGGCGGCCCCUCCCAAAAUGGAGAUUCCCACAGUGGAAGGCCGAAGACAUGGCACACGACCACACAAGCUCAAACACCGAGAUAUGAACAUCCUGACGCCCUCUGGCUUCUAAGGGGAUACCUACACCUGGCGUACCCUCCAAAGGUCCCUCAAACUACAAACCUUUCACUGUUGUUGUUGUUCCCUUGUAUUCCAUAGUGUCCAGUCUUUUUUAAGUUAUGUGACCAUCGGUUGCUUCACCAUUAUAAGUAAUGUGUUUUUAUAAUUCAGCAACAUAGCUGUUGUUAGUGUUUGUCUCCUUGCAUCCAGGCUGUUAUUACUGUACAUUCCGACCCUGUUGAACAGCUAUUAUCCUCGUCAACGCCUUGUAUUAAUCCUCUACCAUCGAAGUCCAGAAGCUUUUCAUGGGACCUUUAUCGCUACACCAUCAUAUACCAUUGUACUGCCCAAGUCUUUAACCUUUUAAACAAAUAUAAAUCCAUAAGUGAAAAUAUCUGCCCUCCUUUAAGCAUUUACUGCAUCAUUUGAAUUUCUAAUUGAAUCCAUGACAUUAUUUUGUCAAAAUAUUAGCUGCAUCAGCAGCCAACAUUUAACAUCAGCCCUCUAGCCAGAUAACAUUGUCUAUAAUUAUUUUUGAGCUUUGAGGAACUUGGGUUCAACUGAUCCCUUAAAUGCACUUUACCCCACCUUUCUUGUAGCUCAGUUAUCUAAUCUGACCCAACCUUGUGUUACACAAAACUUAUCUAAGAAAACGUUCUCUGCUUUGGCAUCAAACAGUCACUACAACUUGUCUUUCCCUAAGAUAACACUGAAAACAAACAUGUACGUUGGCAGACUUGCAUACAGAAUCAUUCCACACAUUUGUUCAUUUUGAUGUAUAGAUGGGAUUUAUUUUAAAUCUCUUGCCUCUGAGCACGUAGAGAUGGCUGAACAUGCGUAAUAGAAGAUGGUUCAGAAUUCUUCUCGACAUGCUCAGUCAUGUAGCUGUUCAACCUUUUUGUUUUGGUGCUUAACAGCCGGCGUGUGCGAGAUGGUGACAGAAACCUUGUAUUGUUCAGAGAGCUGAAUUCUUAGCUAUUACAUAUGCAGAUAUAUUCAGUGUUAGCUUAAUGCUGAUAAAUUACUUUAUGUAAGGUUUCUGCAAGAAAACUUUGUCAUGCUUAGAGGAGUGUCAUACUUCACCUGUUCAGUGGAACCGAACUGCUGGCUGCUUUAGCACUUUAUUCAUUGGCGUUAGUUUACUGACUGUCAAGAGUCUUUGUAUUGUAACAGGACUGAAAUAGUCAUAGUGCACAUCUUCCGAUGUCAUUUGCCAUUAGUGACUCUCCUGUGGUGUCAGUGGGUGUUGUCCGUUUCAUUCCUAGUGAAUUCUCCUAAAACUGGACAAGAAAACCCUGUUGCAGCUGUGAAUAUAAAGUCAGUGAUGUCUUUUUUCUUUUAUCUUUAAAUGCUCAUAGUUUUGUUGUGUUUAAUGUGUGAGACUUCCCCCUUUAUUUUCUACUUGACUGAGACAUCACAUCUCAAUCUGAAAGCGUUUAAGAGUGACUCUGGAGUGCAGACUUACUGAAUUACUGUGUAUUUCUGUUUCACAUGUUUUCCAGAUGUUGAUUAAUAUGAUGAGAAUCUUUCGAUUUGUUUUCCUCUGUACAGUUUUAUUUCUUUGUCGACAGAGUUAGGAGUUUGAAAAUAAAUGUUCUCAUCACCAAAACAA